CUCCUGGAGCCUUUUUCAUUUUUAUUUCUAACCCCCUCUCCAUUCUCCCUGCUGCCUCUGCUCCUUCCCCCGAUGGCUACGAACUGAGCAGCAGAAGAGGGGGGGGGGCACAGGAAGGGGGGGAAAAAAAAAGGCAAGAAAAAGGAAAAGGAAGAAGGGGAGAAAAGGAAUUUUUUUUUUUUUUUUUUUUCUGCCUCUGCCCUUAAUGCCCGCGAUCUGGAUCAAGGAAGGGGAUUUUCUGUCUGAGCAUGAAAAGGACUGCUAGAGCCCCAGGAUUUUCACGCCUGCAGCAUCAGCCCCGCACCCAGUAUGCGAGCUGGACAGAGAAGCUCUCCCACAAGUUCCUACCGAGCCGAAUAAAACCCACGGGCGACCCGAUCUCCGCCAGAGAGGGACAUUAAGCAUCAGGACUCCACAGAAUGGAGCAAGAAUGAGAGGAAAAAGGCAGACAGAAAAGCAUGAACUGGAGGCUUGUUGAGUUCCUCUACCUCCUGUUUAUAUGGGACCAUAUACUCGUACAGCCCUCCCACCAGGACCCAGCUGCUACCAACCAACAUGUCUCCAAGGAGUUUGAUUGGCUUAUUUCAGACAGGGGGCCUUUCCACCACUCACGGAGCUACUUAUCCUUUGUGGAAAGACAUCGUCAAGGAUUUACAACCAGAUAUAAAAUAUACAGGGAGUUUGCCCGUUGGAAGGUGAGGAACACAGCCAUCGAGAGGAGGGACCUGCUCCACAACCCACUGCCCCUCAUGCCUGAGUUCCAGAGGAGCAUCCGCCUCCUGGGCAGGAGACCCACCACGCAGCAGUUCAUCGAUACCAUCAUCAAAAAGUACGGCACCCACAUCCUCAUCUCUGCCACCCUGGGAGGAGAGGAGGCCUUGACCAUGUACAUGGACAAAAGCCGCCUCGACAGGAAGUCAGGGAAUGCCACGCAGAGCGUUGAAGCCUUGCACCAGCUCGCCUCCUCCUACUUUGUGGACCGUGAUGGCACCAUGAGGAGACUCCAUGAGAUCCAGAUCUCUACCGGAGCAAUCAAGGUAACAGAAACUCGGACCGGCCCCCUGGGCUGUAACAGCUACGACAAUCUGGACUCUGUGAGUUCUGUCCUUCUGCAAAGCACUGAGAGCAAACUCCACCUGCAAGGUCUCCAGAUCAUCUUCCCUCAGUAUUUACAAGAGAAGUUUGUCCAGUCUGCCUUGAGUUACAUCAUGUGCAACGGGGAGGGCGAGUACAUCUGCCGGGACAGCCAGUGCGGCUGCCAGUGCUCUGAGGAGUUCCCCCAGUGCAACUGCCCCAUCACCGACAUCCAGAUCAUGGAGUACACCCUGGCAAACAUGGCCAAGACCUGGACAGAAGCCUAUAAAGAUCUGGAGAAUUCAGAUGAGUUUAAAUCCUUCAUGAAAAGGCUACCUAGCAACCACUUCCUGACCAUUGGGAGCAUCCACCAGCACUGGGGGAACGACUGGGACCUGCAGAACCGCUACAAGCUGCUGCAGAGCUCCCUGGAAGCCCAACGCCAGAAGAUCCAGCGCACUGCCCGCAAACUCUUUGGCCUCAGUGUCCGGUGUCGGCACAACCCAAACCACCAGCUGCCUAGGGAAAGGACGAUACAGGAGUGGCUCACCCGGGUCCAGUCCCUGCUCUACUGCAACGAGAACGGGUUCUGGGGAACCUUCCUGGAAAGCCAGCGGAGCUGCGUUUGCCACGGUGGCACCAGCCUGUGCCAGCGCCCCAUCCCCUGCAUCAUUGGGGGCAACAACAGCUGUGCCAUGUGCAGCCUCGCCAACAUCUCCCUCUGUGGCUCGUGUAACAAGGGCUAUAAGCUUUACCGGGGUCGCUGCGAGCCUCAGAACGUGGACUCGGAGCGCAGCGAGCAGUUCAUCAGCUUCGAGACAGACCUGGACUUCCAGGACCUGGAGCUGAAGUACCUGCUGCAGAAGAUGGACUCCCGCCUGUACGUGCACACCACCUUCAUCAGCAACGAGAUCCGCCUGGACACCUUCUUCGACCCCAGGUGGCGCAAGCGCAUGUCCCUCACCCUGAAGAGCAACAAGAACCGGAUGGACUUCAUCCACAUGGUGAUCGGGAUCUCCAUGCGCAUCUGCCAGAUGCGCAACAGCAGCCUGGACCCCAUGUUCUUCGUCUACGUCAACCCCUUCAGCGGGAGCCACUCGGAGGGCUGGAACAUGCCCUUCGGGGAGUACGGCUACCCCCGCUGGGAGAAAAUCCGCCUCCAAAACAGCCAGUGCUACAACUGGACCCUGCUGCUGGGCAACCGGUGGAAAACCUUUUUUGAGACCGUGCACAUCUACCUGCGCAGCCGGACUCGGCUGCCCUCCCUGCUGCGGAACGAGACUGGCCAAGGGCCCGUGGACCUCUCUGACCCCACCAAGCGCCAGUUCUACAUCAAGAUCUCGGACGUGCAGGUCUAUGGCUACAGCCUGCGCUUCAACGCCGACCUGCUGCGCAGCGCGGUGCAGCAGGUCAACCAGUCCUACACGCAGGGCGGGCAGUUCUACUCCUCCUCCUCCGUCAUGCUCUUGCUGCUGGAUAUUCGGGACCGAAUCAACAGACUGGCGCCUCCCGUGGCCCCAGGGAAGCCCCAGCUGGAUCUGUUCUCUUGUAUGCUCAAGCACCGCCUGAAGCUCACCAACAGCGAGAUCAUCCGCGUGAACCACGCCCUGGACCUGUACAACACCGAGAUCCUCAAACAGUCGGACCAGAUGACGGCCAAACUCUGCUAACCCGGACUUAAUCCAUGUUGGACACAUGUUGGUGAAUCGAUCCUUUUGCUGUAUAAAAAAAUUAAAAAAAAAAAAAUAAAAGAGCAAAAAGAGAAAAAAGAGGAAAAAAAAACACCUAAAAAAGCAAGAACGAGAGGCGGGGGGAAAGUAUAAAGAGAAGGGGGGAAAAACGAGGUUUGUAAAAUGUAAUUAAUAUACAAAAGAGGAAAAAAAAAAGAGGAAAUUCUUCAUUUGUUGAAAACUAAACCCGUUCUAGCAGCUGUAUAAAAUUGUCAGGCAUGUUUGUUAUUUCUAUAAUCCGUCAUAAAAGGGUAACACCUUACUCUCUCUUGACCUUGGGGGUGUUGCUUGCUAGUCCUCAGGGGCAGCAGAGUAAAUAAAGGGAGCAGCAGAGAGAGGGGCAAACUUCUGUAAUGAACUGUAAAGUUUUCUGCUAUGCAGGUGCCAAGACAAAGAGACAUAUAGAAAAAAAAAAAACAACAGAACAAAAACAAAAUCAAAGCAAACAAACAAACAAGA